AUGACUCCUAUUUGCAAACCAACUGUUAGAAAAGAGUGUCGAUGCUCUAUCUCCCAUGAAGUCACAUGCAAUAUAAUUAGUAGUGCUGUUUCUGAGCCUGUAAAUCAAGAGGAAGAUAGUUUUGAAUUUGAACAGAAAGAUGUUGAAAUGAAUUCUGAGCUUAGAAACCUAAAUGCCACAAAUGACAUUUUAGAUAUAUGGACAAGAAACCAACCUUUCUCUCAAACAGAUUGUGUGUUUGGCCUUGAAGAUAAUGUUCAGUAUACAAGUGACACUUAUGAAGAAGAAGAAGAAUAUGAAGAUGAAUCCAAUGUUGAGAUGGACAAUGAUGAAGAUUCUUCGUUAGAAUCAAUCUCGGAAUUGAAUUUGAUUCACCAAUUCAUUGUUAUUUCAGUUGCUCUUUUUGUCUCACUAUACGUCGUAGAUGAAGGAGCUGUAAUCCUGAUUGCCAUAAUCAACAAGAUCCUGCAGUUUUUGUUUGACCCAUUCCGCCUUCCUGUGAGUAUUGCUGAUCUCAAACGUUUGGCUGGAUUUGAAGCAUUGACAAGUGGUGUCAAGAAGUAUGUUGCAUGUAGCAAAUGCCAUGCCAUAUAUGAUAAUGAAGCUGCCCCUUUGUGUUGUACAUCACCCAAUUUUGGCACUGCCAAAAGAAUGCUGGAGAGAUGGGUUGCGGAUGGAUUAAUCGACAGUAAAAAACUCAUUGCCAUGCAAAAGGCUGUUGAGAAGGUAGUGUUGCCGCCUGAUUACACGUCACUUGGGACAAAGAUUGCCAAGGGAUUUCCCUAUAUGAAGGCUGAUGAGUGGAAGUCUUGGUGCCUUGUGUACUCUCCUGUGGUUCUAAGGGAUGUGUUGCCGUUGCCAGAGUUCAAGAACUGGAUAGAGUUUGUUAACGCAUGCAGAUACUUCACCAAGCCUAGUGUUUCUGAAGAAGACAUUGAGAAAGGACACAAAUGCUUAGAAGAAUUCUGUAAAGGGUGUGAGACAUUGUACGACCUGGACCUUCUCUCUCCCAACAUGCACCUGCAUCUGCACUUACGCCAAACAAUGAUUGACUUUGGGCCCAUCUAUGGCUAUUGGGUUUUCAGCUUUGAAAGGUACAAUAGUGUCCUGAAAAAUAUCAAGACCAAUCGAAGAAACAGGUUCGAAUUGACAUUUAUGAGACAAUUUAUUGAAGAGUCGUGGAAGGGAGAUUUUAACCUUUCAAUCACAAUUUGUGGAAACGAGCCCCUGCCACUAUCCGCCUUGCCAUUGAAAACAAGACCAUUAUCAUUUAUGCCAAAACAUGAAUAUGAUUGUCUUGUAGGAUACUAUCAAGCUGCGUACAAGAAUCCACAGAUCUCAGGUUGCAAAGAUGUAAUUGAUGACUCACCUUUCGUCGGUGACUGGAUCGAAAUAGUGAAGUCCGUUGAUCUUCUUGGGCAAAGCUACAAAGGGUGCAUUGGCAUGAAUGGCCGCGGAUCAUACAUACAAGCAUAUUUCACUGAACGAACUGGGUCAGAACAUGCGUAUGUUGGAGAGAUUCAGUACCUUUUUGUUCACAAUUUUAGGCCAACUGUUUCUUCUCUAACAUACAGAAAUCCCCAUAGUAGUCAGCAUGUAUUUGCAUUUGUCAAAUGGUUCAAAUCCACUUUGGACAAAACAAGAGAAUUAGAAGGAGUUGAGUUGUUACAGGAUGAAUUCUACAAGCAAGAUUUUCAAAGCAUCCUGCCAGUACAUCGGAUUCUCCUAACAGUUGCAAUAGUAGAUUACAAAACUACAAAAAAUGUCAACAAAAAACUCGCGAUUCCUUUACCAAAAAAAAUUUACUAUUAA